UCUCUUCCCUUUUCCUUGGGCAUCUUUGCCUCACGGAGCCCAGAAAGUGUCCAGAUCUUCCGGGUUGCUCGCUCAAAUCCCGAGGCCUGGGGGGUUUCCUCCGGUGUCUUCCGCGGUGCGGCGCAGGGAGCCGCGGCUGUUCUUGGUGGGUCUGCCGCUGCACCGCUUGUCGCCCAACCAUCAGUUGCUGCUCUUGGCCGCGCUGGUGCUCACCAGCAGCAUCCUGGCUGCCGCGCUGCAGGAGCGUGUGCUCUACGUGCCCGGCUUCCGCUACACAGGAUGGCUGGCCUUGCUGACCUCGCUGACCUAUAUGUGUUUGGCCAUGGUCGAACGGUGCUUCGAAGCAGACGCGUACCGGCGCGGCGGACGCGGGGAGUACAUGAAGCUCUCCCUGUUGACGAUGGGAGGCAUGUACUUCACCAACUUCAGCCUACAUUAUUUGAGCUACUCGCUGCGUGUGGUCUUCAAGUCCAGCAAGCUCAUACCGGUGAUGCUGCUGAGUGUGGCGUACUUGAAGAAGCGCUACAGCGCCUCCCAGUACGUCGCCGUGAUCUUGUUGACCACCGGAGUGGUGGUGUUCACGCUGGGCGACGCCAAAGGGCGCGCCUUCUUUAACCCCACGGGCAUCGCGUUCAUCGCGGCCGGCAGCCUGUCCGACGCGAUGGCCGCCAACUACGAGGAGAAGGUCUUCUUUUCCAGGAGAGGCUGCUCCGCCACGGAGGUGGUGCUCUACACCAGCGCGCUGGGCAGCGUGUGGGUGUUGCUGGCCGCCGGCGUGACUGGUGAGCUCUACUCGGCAUAUCGGCAUUCCUUGGAUCAUCCGGAAGCGGUGCCGCUGAUGCUCUUGGCAUCGGUCUUCGGCUACGUGGCGCAGAGCGGCGUGCUUCUCCUCAUCAAGCACUUCGGCGCCACCGCGGCGGAGAUCGUCAAGAGCUGCCGCAAAGUGACGACCAUUUGCAUCUCCUUCAUGGUCUACGGAAAGCCCUGGAACGGUUACCACGUGGCCGGCACCUUGCUCUUCGUGACCAGCGUGGCAGUGGAGCGCUUCCACUCGGGCGCUGAAUCGAAGCGUUUCGCGACGGGGCUCUUCAGUAGCGCCUCGUUGGUGUCACUCUGGCUGGUUCUGGGUGGCAUUGGACCCUCCGUCUUCAGCAUUGUCAUUGACGCUGGUAGUGCUGGCACACGUGUGAACGUCUUCCGCUUCGACUCGUGGACGCUGAAGCUGUUGGACCUGAACGGCGCCGCGCAGGUCUUUGUGGAGGAGGAGCCCGGCGUCGGAGAGCUCCUCAACCAGAGUGCCCUGCAGCGGCAGCUGGAGCGGCUCCUGGCGGCGGCGCAGGAGGCGGUGCCCGUGGGCCAGCACCGGCUGACGCCCCUGGCGCUGCGCGCCACGCGGUCGAUGGAAGAGCUCAGCACACAACAGGUGGACGAUCUCUUGUCGCAGAUGAAGGGUCACAUCGCCCAAGCGGGUUUCAAGGACGCCGGGGUGCAGCCCAUGUCUGGCAGUGAAGAAGCUUUGGCGGAGUGGAUGACCGUGAAUUUGCUGAUGGGAUGCUUCCAGCCGGGCCUGAGGGGGGUUCGGCACCCCGUGGCCGUGGUCGACCUGGGCGGUGCCACCGUGCAGAUGGCCUACUACCUCCACGACCGCCAGGCCAGUGAAGCCAGAAGGAACCAGUUGGACCACUACAUCAGUCGGAUCACUCUCCCCUUUGGCAGUGGGCCGGUGCAGGUCUACAGGCACAGCUACGCGGGCUACGGCCUCUUUGCAGCGAAGGUGAGAAGCUUGCGGGAGCUGACGCAGGCGGGCUUUGCAUUGCAACGACAUCCCUGCCUCCCAGCGCACCCCGUGCAGCUCCGCAGCCGCCGCCGGGUCUGGGCGGUUCAGGGAGCCAUCAACAAGUUUUCCUGUGCAGCGCUGAUGGAUUACAUCUUGCACAAAGAGACCCCGUGCAUGCAGGACCCCAGCAACGCAGGCAUGUGUGCGUUGGUCAUGCCUUUUUUGGUUGCGCCUACCCGAAGAACCGAAGACCGGCGAGGAUUGCCUAAGAUGGGCAACUGUAGCUUUGCUGGCGCCUGGGGUGGCCCAGGUCUAGGCCAACAAAGGGUGGCCUUGGCGUCCUACUUCUAUGAUCGCAUGCGUGACGUGGGCCUCAUCAGCAGCUAUUCCCAAGAACUGAAAGUGGGUGACUUCGCAGCGCAAGCAGACCGCGCCUGCUCGCUGGGGGAGAGCCUCAACGCGUCGGCGCGGGAGUUCCCUCGCCUCUCGCAGGAGCGGCUCCUGUGGUUGUGUUUCGACCUCACCUUCCAGGCCCGCCUACUUCAUGCCUUCGGCUUCAGGGAAGAACAAGAGUUGGUGGUGGUGAAGAAGAUCCGCUACCAGCACUUGGACGUCGAAGCCAGUUGGGCCUUGGGUGUGGCGAUCAAUCAGCUGACCCAGCUCCACCACUGAGGGCAGGACAUGGAAGUGCAGCCAGUCUGGUCAGCCGUGGA